UAGUUGCGGCUGUUUGAGGCAGGAAGGAUAGGCAGGUACACUGUGUCACCCUGGCUUGGACCCAGCCCUUGUGCCCUUCCCUGUGCUGCCUAAUGAGGAAGUGCCUCAUGCUGUAAGGGAAAGACUGGGGGGAUGGGGGGAGCAGCACUGUUAUUCUCAUUAUAACUCAUGAUUUAUGGGAAGAAGAAAGAAGUUCAUGCCCUCUCCUCCUCUUCCCCUUGCCCUGAGUUCUCCUCUGAGGUCAAACCCAUUGGUAAGAAGUAUACAGUGACCUCUUGUCCUUUUUUCGAGGUAGGGGAGACAGUGGUGAGAUUUCCCUACUAUCUGUGACUAGUUCUUCAGGUGACCAGGCAGGCAGGAGGGCCUGAACAGGGGGUAAGGGAGUUAGUCCAGCCCUUCUCCCACUCUUCCCAUGGACCAACCCAGAGCCCGCACUGUGAGGUCAGCACAUUCCAGCCACCCAGCCCUGCCCAGAGCUGUCCACAGGGGCUGGCGGCUGGACAUGUUCCCCAGACCCCAGUCUUCCUCAGGACUGGUUGGCAGCAUCCCAUGCCUGCUGCUCUUGGUUGUCAGCGUCUCUUCAGCUGCAGACUCUAUCUCCGUUGAUGGAAAGCGCUGUGAGUGUGGUCUGGGGCUCAGCCGGGAGGCUUUGAUUACCCUGCUCAUUGUCCUUGGAAGUGUCAGUGUGAGCUGCUUCUCAGCCCUGCUCCUUGUGGUCUUCAGCAUUAUUCGUACCAAGAGGGCCAUUACAUCAGGCUUCAGUUACUGAUGAACCCUCUUUCCUUGUGCACACAUCCCAUUGGUCCUCUAGAGCUCUAGAGGCCAAGCUUUUACUAGGUGACUCUGGAGUGAACAGAGUGUUCCCAUUAUCUCUGUUAUGAUGCCAUGAUAUGGAUCUUGGAACUGUAAGCACACCCAAAGUCCUUUGCUAGGGGAGGGUCAUCUGGUCCAGAUGUGCCCCCUCCUUGCCCUUGCCCCUCAACUUUGGCUGAAACUUCGCUCACUCAGUCAUAGGACAUCAUCCCAGUGUUUAGUGAUGGGGAGCUACUUUCACUUGUGGCCACCAUCACGCUGUAUGCUACAAGGAAGCCACAAACAAAUAACACCUGUGGAAAUGAACCAAAAGAACGUACUGCCAGGACAUUGUGUGGAAGGCAGCCCCUUAAAUGUUCCAUCAGAAAACUGUUUCAUCAAGAGUUACGAGGUGCUCGAGUUGCUGGAGGUCCCUGAAAUCUUGGAGGAAGUUCUGGAGUUUCUAGACUUGGAGAAGGAAGUAGUACUGUGCUUUGAAAAGCCACCCUUGGAGGAGAAUUGAGGAAGUAGGAUGGAGGGAGGAAGAGACAAUGGGGAGAGGGGAAAAAAUUAAUACAUUACUUUUUAUCAUUGUUUGGGCAUCCUGUGUGAGUCAGAGCC